GGGUUUCUUAACAUUAUAUAAUAUACGUUAACAUUGAUCUUAGCAUAUCUUUGUGGAAAUUUUCAAUCUAACUCUAUGACAUGGAUAACAAGUAGCAUUAACGAUGACUUCCACUGCGAUCCCUUAUAUGCAACACGGAAAUAAAUCGUACAUGCCCCAAAAUAUAAUGGUUUAUCCGUUUCAUAUGGUGGAAAUAUGUGAAAAUAUCAGCAAUGAUUUUUCAUCCGUAUCUUUCUUGUUGCUCGGGUAUUUAAAUAUACAUGAAAGAGUAUGCCAUAAGAUAAAACGAAAAUAGCUUGAUCAUAUCUAGGUAUUAUGUGAAAUGUUACAGUAUAUAUAGACAUUGUGGCAAUAGAUCCCAGCUUGGUUUAACAACAUGAAAUGGGCAACAUACUUAAUACGGUAGUAUUUCACCCUCCGAUGCCUAGCUAUAGUUUUGAUGAUCCGCAUCUACAUAUGUUCCCAACAAAAGCUGGGCACAAGAUUGCCGCGUAUUAUGUGAAGCAUCGUACGGCACGCUUUACAAUAUUGUAUAGCCAUGGUAAUGCAGAAGACAUUGGUGAUGUGGCUUGCAGUCUCAUGAACCGCAUUGCAAAAUGGAAUGCAAAUGUAUUUUUGUAUGAUUACUCUGGAUAUGGUCUAAGCGAGGGUGUACCUUCUGAACAUAAUGUAUAUAUGGAUGUAGAAGCAGCGUAUGAUUAUCUCACUUCUGUACUUGGUGUUAAUCCUCAUACUAUAGUAGCAUAUGGUAGGAGCAUAGGCAGUGGUCCCACUGUCCACAUAGCAUUGAAACGUAGUGUCCUAGGAGUUGUACUGCAAAGUCCCAUUUCUUCCGUAUAUAAAGUAAAAGUAUAUCGACUUCCGUGCACAAUACCAGGUGACAUGUUUAGAAAUGAAGAUAAAGUAGAUAGAAUUAAUGUACCAACAUUAAUUCUUCACGGUACAAAGGAUAAUGUCGUUCCAAUAUCAAUAUCGCAAAGUAUGGCUCUAACAAUGCAACGCGUAUAUGGCAGAUGGAUAAAUGGUGCUGGCCAUGAUGAUAUGGAUACAACAUUUGCAUUAUAUGUAGAUCAGGCUCUCCAAGAAUUUUAUGAUAUAAUUUGCCCUAGGACAACCAUAUCAAAUAUUCCGAAGGAUACAGCAACUUAACGAGUGUAUCACCAUAGUCGAUUUUUUAUCAACCAAUGAAUGAAUGUAUGCUAUUGGCGA